UGCACAUGGAUAUAUAUUUGUAUUAAUUGCUGUAAUCUCCGCGUCUGUCCUCAGAGGGUCUCAGAUCCUCACACAAGGCUCGGAGGCGGAGUGCUCGAAACUUUUUACACCUUUGUAGUAGUGGGCACUCCCCCCACAUGGUGAUUGGCUGCCGGUGUGUUUAUAGCUCACCAGCCUUCACAUCCAGCUCUGAGUAGUCUGUAUCGUUCAGUCCACACGCCUCUUGGAAGCAGCCAAUGGAUGUGACUUGUUAUCUUACAGUUCAGAUUGAAAACCAGACACCUUGUUGAGUUUAUUCUUCGUGUAGGCAGUGCUGUUCUCAGUAGUGUGCUGACGCCUCUGCGAGCUGUCUCUCCAAACCUCCCCGGACAGAGAUGAGUAGUCCCGAUGCGGGUUACGCCAGCGACGAUCAGACCCAGGCAAGGUGUACGAUGUCAGUCAUGAUGCCUGGAAUGGGACACUGCCAGUGGGCCGACCCUCUCAGUCCUCUCGGGGACACUAAAGUGAAGAAUGAGCCGUGCGCCUCAGGGAGCUCCGGGAGCCAGAGCCGCGGGAAAAGCGAGCCGCGGAUCAGACGGCCCAUGAACGCGUUCAUGGUGUGGGCAAAGGAUGAGCGCAAGAGACUGGCGCAGCAAAACCCGGACCUGCACAACGCGGAGCUCAGCAAAAUGCUUGGGAAAUCAUGGAAAGCCCUUCCUGUCACAGAGAAGCAGCCCUUCGUUGAGGAGGCAGAGCGGCUGCGGGUCCAGCACAUGCAGGACCACCCCAACUACAAGUACCGGCCCCGGCGAAGGAAGCAGGUAAAGAGGAUUAAGCGGCUGGACUCUGGGUUUCUGGUUCACGGCGUGUCCGACCAUCAGGCCCCAGCGAUGGAGAGCAUGAGCCUGGGUUACCACGAGCACGGCUUUCAGCUUCCUCCACAGCCACUCGGCCACUAUAGAGACAGUCAGGCUCUCGGGGGUCCCUCUUAUGAGAGCUACAGCCUCCCCACUCCUGACACCUCCCCACUGGACGCAGUGGAGUCGGACUCCAUGUUCUUCCCUCCACACUCCCAGGAGGACUGCCACAUGAUGCCUGCGUACGCCUACCACUCUCAGGCUGCAGAGUACCAACCUCAGGACCCCGUCUCCAACCAUCACGCCAACCUGCAUCGCCAUCCUGCCUCUGCUGCAGAAUCCGCCUCCCUCCCCCCUUCCUACAUGGGACACCCCAACCCUCUGGCCAUGUACUACACCCAGCACUGCAAUCCCAGCCACCCUAAGAGACACCCUGGCGGGGCAGGACAGCUCUCCCCUCCUCCUGACUCCCAUCCCCACCCUGCAGAAAGCGUGGAGCACAUGCACCACUCUGAUCUGCUGGGCGAGGUGGACCGCAGUGAGUUUGAGCAGUAUUUGAGCUCCUCUUCAGCACGGGCAGACAUGACGGGCCUGCCGUACGGGCAGCACGAGACCAGCAUGCAGGGACCUGAGAGCCUGAUAUCUUCAGUGCUGUCAGACGCCAGCACGGCUGUGUAUUACUGCAGCUACAACAACUCCUAACCUCCUGCUGCAUGGACACAGGAUCUGACCUCAAAUCUCUGUAGCUUAACUGAACAAAAAAUGUGUUUAUUUUUGUAAUUUUUUCUUCACUAUUAGAACAGAAGGCAUGAGAUUUAAAAAUGAAGACUGCUGUACUGUAUGUGCCCAAGAGAAGCCAUAGAAUAUUUCACUGGUUUGAACGUUUGUCUUCCUCUCUCGUAGGGACAGAAGUCAUAUUGUGAUAAUAAAUAUUGUUCAGCCACUAUUUUAAAGAUUAUGUAUAUACCGAAGGUUUUUUUUUUAAUACUUUUUGCACUUUUGAGAAAUAAAUUGUUGC